AUGCCCCCAGACAAAUCACCUCCCAUCAUACACUUUCAAGUCAGCAAAAUCACGGACGCCCAAGCCCAACUCCCGUUCAUCCAACUCCAAACACCAUCAGGAGAGAAGAUCAUAGCUCUCGUGGAUUCGGGAGCUCAAGUAUCGAUCAUCGCGACGAAAGCAGCAGAACGUCUGAAAAUGACGGUGGUCGGGAAACGAAUGACACGGUAUUCGGGAUUCGUGGCAGACAGUCAACCGACUGAGUGUAUAUUCUACAAGCUGGAGAUCAAGGAUCUGUCUGGAAAAUGCUGGUCGUCGUGCGUUCCAAGUUAUCACAGAAUGACGACAGAGUUUCGGGCCCCUAGCCAUACCAGAGAAGAUCUGGAAAAGCUAGAAAAAUGGUCCCUCAACACCGAAGGAAUUACCGAUUUGGGAACUCGGGAUGGACAACAAAUCGACAUGAUUCUAGGGAACAACAUCCUGAACAAAAUCAAGAGUAUCGAGAGGCCGAAAACAUACUGUCUACCCAGCGGAAGGUCAAUCGAGAAAUUGAUGGUAGGAUACGUAAACCAUCCACCAGUCAUGGAAGAUUCUUUCGUGCCCAUCAAUGAGUCGACCCAAGUCAACAUCGUCAACGACAUGGAGCAGAUAUGGAUCCAUACACUCGACUCCGAGGACAUGGAUCUGGAGGAAGCCAACGCCAACAAGGUCCCCAGCGCAAUAUCAAACAAGAAGUUCGAGAAGCAACUGGAACAACUCUGGUCACUCGAAGUAAUAGGGAUCGAACCCCCUACCAAACGAGAAGACAAAGAAGCGCUCAACAAUGACCUCAUCAAGGAGUUCAAAAGGUCUGCGGUCAAAGAUCCCGAUGGAAGAAUUCAAGUAGCUCUACCGUACAAUGGUCGUCAAAAGGAAUUAGGAAAUAACCUUGCAGUUGCAAAACGAAGAUUAGUAUCGCUUCUAGGAAGACAACAUCAAAAGAAGGAGGACAGAGAAGCGUACCACCAAAUUCUGAUGGGUCAGUUGGCCUCAGGCAUCAUCGAAGAGGUGAUACCAGGGACCCCAGCUGACGGACCAGAGUAUUACAUUCCCCAUCGAGUGGUCAUCAAACAAGAAUCGCUCACCACGAAACUCAGGAUCGUGUUGGACGCCUCAUCCCACAUGAAGAACCAGCUCUCGCUCAACGACUGUUUGUAUCCAGGACCAUCCAUUCUUCAAUCCAUUCUGGGAAUCCUUCUACGAAGUCGACUGCCAAAAUUUCUAAUGACAGCUGAUAUCGAGAAGGCAUUUCACGCCGUAAUGGUUCAAGAGAAGUUCAGAGAUGCGAUGAAGUUCAUUUGGUUGAAAAAUCCCGAAGAGGGAUUCAAAGAAAGCAACAUCGCCACGUACAGAUUCAGCCGACUCCCAUUCGGAGUCACGUGCUUUAUCAGGACCCUAUCACCCCGUAUUCGUACGCGGGCAACUAUACUACAAUAG